AUGGAGGAGUCCCGCAUGAUUUAUUCCUACCAUCACGUAUUUAAAGGUUUUGCAGCUAAAUUGUCACCUGAGGAAGUGAAAGCAAUGGAAAAGGUCCCAGGAUUCAUCUCAGCCCGACCACAAAAAGUUGUAUCUUUACAUACAACCCAUUCUCCCAGCUUCUUGGGGUUGAACCAAAAUAUGGGGUUCUGGAAAGAUUCCAAUUAUGGUAAAGGUGUGAUUAUUGGAGUGUUAGACAGCGGAAUAAUCCCCAACCACCCUUCUUUUAGCGACAAAGGAAUGCCUCCGCCUCCUUCUAAGUGGAAGGGCCAAUGUGAAUUUAAAUUCCAGGCAUGUAACAAUAAGUUGAUAGGAGCAAGAUAUUUUACAAUUGGAAAUGGGACCCCGUUGGACGAGGAUGGCCAUGGCACACACACAGCAAGCACUGCUGCCGGGAAUUUUGUGCAAGACGCGAAUUUGUUUGGCAAUGCAAAUGGCACGGCCGUGGGGAUAGCACCUUUUGCUCACUUGGCUAUAUAUAAAGUUUGUUUAGAUAAUUGUUUAGAAAGUGACAUAUUGGCUGGAAUGGAUGCUGCUAUUGAUGAUGGGGUGGAUGUGCUCUCUCUUUCCCUUGGCGGUCCGGCUAGAAAUUUCGACGACGAAAUCAUUGCAGUGGGUGCAUUUAGUGCAAUUGAAAAGGGCAUUUUUGUGAGCUGUUCAGCAGGGAAUAGUGGGCCUAGGCUAGGUACUAUGGGAAAUGGUGCGCCAUGGAUACUUACAGUUGGUGCAAGCACCAUUAACAGAAAAAUUAGAGUAACUGCUCUGCUGGGUAACAACGAAAAGAUAGACGGAGAGUCAAUUUUUCAACCUAACAAUUUCGCUCCAAAGCAAUUGUCUCUCAUCUACCCUGGAUCAAGGGUUAGAGAUCCAUUUUGUACACCAGCAUCUCUAGCAAACAUCAAUGUCAGAGGAAAAAUAGUGUUAUGCGAAAUAGGAGGAAAUAUAGGAAGAAUUGCGAAAGGGCAAGCAGUUAGGAAUGCUGGUGGUGCCGCCAUGAUUCUCAUGAACCAGGAGCCCCAAGGUUACACUCUAAGUGUAGGGGCUCAUGUUCUUCCAACAACACAUAUCAGUUAUGCUGAUGGAUUAAAACUGAAAGCUUACAUGAGAUCAACGACUAAUCCAACAGCUUCAAUUUCUUUUGAAGGAACUAUCAUUGGAGAUGAUCGAGCUCCAAUGGUUGCUUCUUUUUCAAGCAGAGGUCCUAAUCAGCCAAGUCGUGGAAUCUUGAAACCGGACAUUAUCGGCCCUGGUGUAAACAUUCUUGCAGCCUGGGAUGUUUCUGUCGAGAAUAUCAACACCAAAUCUACAUUCAACAUAAUUUCUGGAACUUCAAUGGCUUGUCCUCACCUCAGUGGCAUUGCAGCAUUGCUAAAAAAUGCACACCCAGAUUGGUCUCCUGCAGCGAUUAAGUCCGCAAUCAUGACUACUUCUAGUCUUGUGAACCUCGCCAAUAACCCAAUUGAGGACCAAACUCUGCAGCCUGCCAACUUUUUCGCCAUUGGUUCUGGUCAUGUUAACCCAUCAAAAUCAACUGAUCCAGGAUUGAUCUAUGACAUUCAACCUGAAGAGUAUAUUCCUUACUUGUGCGGUUUGAAUUACACGAACCAACAGGUCAGAAUCAUUACGAAUCGGGCUAUUAAUUGCUCAAAAAUAUCCCAUAUACCUGAAUCCCAGCUGAACUACCCUUCAUUUUCUAUCUUUCUUGGAUCUACAAAACAGACAUAUUCCAGGACAGUUACAAACGUUGGUGAUGCCAAUUCAGUUUACUCUGUCAAAAUCAAUCUUCCCCAAGAUACAUAUUUAAGUGUAGACCCCAGUACACUUCGAUUUUCUAGGUUGAACCAGAAAAUGACAUAUAAUGUGACAUUUAGUCGAUUGGCCUCCGCCAGAAGCCGUACAACUGCUCAGGGAUUUCUUACAUGGACUUCUUCUAAGUACUCUGUGAGGAGUCCAAUCGUUGUUUUCCAUUAA